AUGGCGGCAGUUGUCGUCUUCAACCUUCUUUGCCUCCUUUCCGUCGCCGCCUCCGACGACCUCCAAACCCUCUUCCAAAUCAAAGCCGCCUUCCAACACUCGAACCCCAAAUCGGUACUCGAUUCAUGGGUACCCGAUGAUGCCAUCGCCUGCGAAUUCCCUGGAAUCACCUGCUCUCCCGGCGGCUUCGUUGCCGGAAUCGACCUCUCGAGGCAGAACCUCCGCGGCGCGGUCCCAUUCAACUCCAUCUGCCAGCUCAAGUCGCUCGAGAAGCUUUCCCUAGGUUGGAACCAGCUCAGCGGCCGCGUCCCGGAGGAUCUGAACAACUGCUCCUCCCUCAAGUACUUGGAUUUGGGGAACAAUUUCUUCUCCGGCCCUUUCCCGGACAUAUCCGCCAUGGACGGGCUGGUCUAUCUGUACGCCAACGCCAGCGGAUUCUCGGGAGUUUUCCCGUGGAAAUCCCUCAGUAAUAUGACCCAUCUCCAGGUUUUGAGCAUCGGUGACAACCCGUUCGAUCGGACCCCUUUCCCUCGCGAGGUCGUGAAUCUCACCCAAUUGAAGCGGCUCUACCUGUCAAACUGUAGCAUCGAGGGCGAAAUCCCAGAAGAAAUCGGGAACCUCGCUGGGCUGAUUGAUCUGGAAUUGUCGAUGAAUUACAUCUCCGGCGAGAUCCCCAGAGGGAUUACCAAACUGAGUAGCCUACGGCAGCUGGAGCUCUAUUCCAACAGCUUAACUGGGGAAUUGCCUGCCGGAAUGAAAAACCUGACCACUCUAGAGUUUUUGGAUGCCUCGUCCAAUAAUCUGCGCAGCAAUUUGUCCGAAAUCCGGUUUCUGAACAAGCUCAAGAGCCUCCAGCUUUACCAGAACCAAUUUUCCGGAGAAAUUCCGGCCGAGCUAGGGGAUUUCAAGAACCUGGUCAACUUAUCCCUCUACACCAACAACCUGACGGGCCCCAUUCCUCAGAAGCUCGGGUCGUGGGCCGAGGUCAACUUCAUAGACGUGUCCGAAAAUUUCCUGACUGGUCCAAUACCUCCUGACAUGUGCAGGAGGGGCACUAUGAAGAAACUCCUCGUGCUGCAGAACAACUUGACUGGCGAAAUCCCGAGCAGCUACGCCAACUGCACGACCUUGCUCCGGUUUCGAGUCAACGAUAACAGUCUUUCCGGUCAGGUCCCUGACGGAAUUUGGGGCUUGCCCAAUGCUGAGAUAAUAGACGUGGCCGGUAAUGACUUGGAAGGCUCGAUUACUUCAAAUAUAAAAAACGCCAAGUCUCUGGCACAGCUUUUUGUGGCUAACAACAGACUCUCGGGCGAAUUGCCGCAUGAAAUUUCGCAAGCCUCCUCCUUAGUUUCUAUAGACUUGAGCAACAACCAUUUCUCGGGCCCUGUACCAGACACGAUUGCCGACCUAAAGCAGCUCACUAGCCUCCAACUGCAGGUGAACAACUUCUCAGGCCUAAUACCGAACUCGUUAGGCUCCUGCCGCUCGAUUAACGACAUCAACAUUGCCUGCAAUGAGCUGUCAGGACCCAUCCCGGGCUCCCUCGGCAACCUCCCAGCCCUCAAUUUCUUGAACCUCUCAAGGAACGGGCUCUCGGGCCCCAUCCCGGGGGCACUGGCCAAUUUGAGGCUGAACCUGCUUGACCUAUCCGUGAACCAUCUGUCUGGCCCAAUACCGGUCUCCCUUCUGUCCGAAGAAAACAACGGUAGCUUCUCAGGCAACAAUGGCCUCUGCAGCAGGCAGAGCAUCAUCACAGGCUUCAGGCCGUGCUCCAACAAAUCUGUCGGGCCCCAGGUCCGAACACUCAUGCUCGGCCUCCUUCUGGCCUGUGUUGUCCUGCUUGCUGCACUCGCGGGCUUCUGCUACACGAGGAGAAAGGAAGAAGAUUUGGGCAGUGGAUGGUCUCUGAAGAACGAUUCUUGGUACCUCAAGUCCUUCCGGAUGUUGACUUUCACGGAGGACGAGAUUCUUGACUCCAUUAGACCAGAAAAUCUGAUAGGCAAAGGUGGGUCGGGAAACGUGUACCGAGUAACUGUGGGGAACGGAAAAGAAUUCGCCGUGAAGCACAUCUGGCACUCGGGCUGCCCAGGAAAAAUGGGGGGCUCGACCCAAAUCUUGGGGAGAUGUGGGCCCGAGAAGUCCCGGGAGUUUGAGGCCGAGGUCCAGGCGUUGAGCUCGAUAAGGCACAUCAAUGUGGUGAAGUUGUACUGCAGCAUAAGCAGCGACUACUCGAGCUUAUUGGUGUAUGAGUAUAUGGCGAACGGGAGUUUGUGGGAUCGGUUGCAUAACUGUAAUAAAUUGGGGCUCGAUUGGGAGAUGAGGUACGAGAUUGCUGUUGGGGCAGCCAAGGGCUUGGAGUAUUUGCAUCAUGGUUGUGAUCGGCCCGUGAUACACCGUGAUGUGAAGUCUAGCAAUAUUCUGUUGGACGAGUAUUUGAAGCCCAGGAUUGCGGAUUUUGGGCUUGCGAGGAUAGUUCAGGGGAAUCCGAAUAAGGAAUCGAGUUACGUAGUUGCUGGUACACAUGGGUAUAUUGCCCCAGAGUAUGCAUAUACGAAUAAGGUGAAUGAAAAGAGCGAUGUUUACAGCUUUGGGGUCGUGCUAAUGGAGCUUGUGACUGGAAAAAGGCCAAUGGAAGCCGAGUUUGGGGAGAACAAAGACAUAGUCGACUGGGUUUGUCGCAAUCUGGAAACCAAAGAGAGUAUAGUGAGCUUGGUGGACCCAGCCAUUGAAGAGAUUCACAGGGGAAGUGCCAUCGAGGUUUUGAAAGUGGCCAUCCGCUGCACGGCCACCCUACCGACUUUAAGGCCCACCAUGAGAACCGCGGUCCAUAUGCUCGAGAAGGCUGACCCUUCCCAAUUUGUUAGCAUUCUUGUUACUAAAGAUGACCGGGUUAAGUAA